AUGUGGUUCCUGUGUUUCUCACUGAGAGCCUCACAUCGGUCCCUCCCACCACCUCCCAGCAAAGCCCGGCUUCUCCGGCAGCCUGCAGCUUGCCGCGGGCUUCAGGUUCACCCGAGGCAGGACUGUGGCAUCUGCCUGCCCUUGGGCGACCCGCCCCCGCACCCACCUGGGCUGUUUCUUUGCAGGUGGCAUAGGGUUGCCCUCAGUAUCCACAAGAGGAAUGUCACCUUGAUCCUGGAUUGUAAGAAGAAGACCACCAAACACCUCGACCGCAGUGACCACCCCGUGAUAGAUGUCAAUGGCAUCAUCGUGUUUGGCACCCGGAUCCUGGAUGAGGAAGUGUUUGAGGGUGAUAUCCAGCAGCUGCUCUUCGUUUCGGACCACCGUGCAGCUUACGAUUACUGCGAGCACUACAGCCCUGACUGUGACACCGCCGUCCCCGACAAGCCCCAGUCACAGGAUCCGAACCCAGAUGAAUACUACCCGGAAGGAGAAGGCGAAGGUGAUACCUACUACUACGAGUACCCCUACUAUGAGGACACGGAAGACCCGGGCAAAGAGCCCACCCCCACCAAGAAGCCCGUGGAAGCUGCUAGAGAGACCACAGAGAUUGCCGAGGAGCAGACCCUGCCCACCACGGCAACCCCUCCCGUGCCCGACACCAGCGAGGGGGCCGGGAAGGAGGAGGACCCCGGCAUCGGGGACUACGACUACAUGCCCACCGAGGACUACUACACGCCCGCCCCUUACGAUGACAUGAACUACAACGAGGGCUUCGAGAACCCCGACCAGUCCCCCGAUCACGGCGCAGGGGCAGAGGUCCCCACCAGCACGGUCGGCACUGCCAACUCCUCCAAUCCGGCUCCAUCUCCGGAGGACGACUUGGAAGGGGAGUUUACAGAAGAAACCAUCCGGAACCUGGAUGAGACCUACUACGACCCCUACUACGACCCCACCGUCUCCCCGUCGGAGAUAGGGCCAGGCAUGCCUGCCAACCAGGACACCAUCUACGAAGGGAUUGAAGGACCACGAGGAGAGAAGGGUCAAAAGGGUGAGCCCGCCAUCAUCGAACCGGGCAUGCUCAUGGAGGGGCCGCCAGGCCCUGAAGGCCCCGCGGGUCUCCCAGGACCUCCGGGAACGAUGGGCCCCACUGGCCAAGUGGGUGACCCUGGAGAAAGGGGUCCCCCUGGACGCCCAGGCCUUCCCGGGGCUGACGGGUUGCCUGGCCCUCCUGGAACCAUGCUCAUGCUGCCUUUCCGCUUCGGAGGAGGUGGUGACGCCGGCUCCAAAGGCCCCAUGGUGUCAGCUCAGGAGUCCCAGGCUCAGGCCAUUCUGCAGCAGGCCCGGCUGGCUUUGCGGGGGCCGGCUGGCCCGAUGGGUCUUACCGGGAGACCCGGCCCCAUGGGCCCUCCAGGGAGUGGAGGUCUGAAGGGCGAGCCGGGAGACAUGGGGCCUCAGGGACCCCGUGGUGUGCAGGGCCCGCCUGGUCCUUCAGGAAAGCCUGGAAGAAGGGGCCGAGCUGGGAGUGACGGAGCAAGAGGGAUGCCCGGACAGACUGGCCCCAAGGGUGACCGCGGCUUCGACGGCCUGGCUGGACUGCCUGGAGAGAAGGGCCACCGGGGUGACCCUGGUCCUUCUGGGCCACCAGGACCUCCGGGAGACGAUGGAGAACGGGGUGACGAUGGAGAAGUCGGGCCCAGAGGGCUGCCUGGGGAACCCGGGCCGCGUGGUCUGUUGGGGCCGAAGGGGCCCCCGGGCCCUCCUGGACCUCCGGGUGUGACAGGGAUGGACGGCCAACCAGGCCCGAAAGGAAACGUGGGCCCCCAGGGAGAGCCCGGCCCCCCGGGACAGCAGGGUAACCCAGGUGCCCAGGGUCUUCCAGGCCCCCAGGGUGCCAUCGGUCCUCCAGGAGAAAAGGGUCCCCUGGGUAAACCAGGCCUCCCAGGAAUGCCCGGUGCUGAUGGACCCCCGGGGCACCCUGGUAAAGAAGGCCCUCCAGGAGAGAAAGGAGGCCAGGGCCCGCCUGGCCCCCAGGGCCCCAUCGGCUAUCCGGGUCCUCGAGGAGUCAAGGGGGCAGAUGGCAUCCGCGGUCUGAAGGGCACCAAGGGCGAGAAGGGUGAAGACGGCUUUCCUGGGUUUAAAGGAGACAUGGGCAUCAAGGGUGAUCGGGGGGAGAUCGGCCCCCCUGGUCCUAGAGGAGAAGAUGGCCCCGAAGGCCCGAAGGGUCGUGGAGGUCCGAACGGCGACCCUGGUCCUCUGGGACCCCCCGGAGAGAAGGGAAAACUCGGAGUGCCGGGAUUACCAGGUUACCCAGGAAGACAAGGGCCCAAGGGUUCUGUUGGAUUUCCUGGCUUUCCUGGUGCCAACGGAGAGAAGGGUGGCAGGGGCACGCCUGGGAAGCCGGGACCACGGGGGCAACGAGGCCCGACGGGUCCGCGGGGCGAACGAGGCCCCCGGGGCAUCACUGGGAAGCCUGGCCCCAAGGGCAACUCUGGAGGUGAUGGCCCCGCCGGCCCUCCGGGUGAACGGGGACCCAACGGACCCCAAGGACCUACCGGUUUCCCUGGACCCAAGGGCCCCCCUGGCCCCCCAGGCAAGGACGGGCUCCCGGGACACCCUGGACAGAGAGGAGAGACCGGUUUCCAAGGCAAGACCGGCCCCCCAGGGCCCCCGGGCGUCGUCGGCCCUCAGGGUCCCACGGGAGAAACUGGUCCGAUGGGCGAGCGUGGCCACCCUGGGCCCCCAGGUCCCCCCGGGGAACAGGGGCUCCCGGGCCUUGCUGGAAAAGAAGGGACAAAGGGUGACCCAGGUCCUGCCGGCCUCCCUGGGAAAGACGGCCCUCCUGGGUUACGUGGCUUCCCUGGGGAUCGAGGGCUUCCUGGCCCAGUGGGCGCACUUGGACUGAAAGGCAGUGAAGGCCCGCCUGGCCCGCCAGGCCCCGCGGGAUCUCCGGGGGAGAGAGGCCCGGCCGGUGCUGCUGGGCCCAUCGGAAUCCCAGGGAGACCCGGGCCCCAAGGACCUCCCGGGCCGGCUGGGGAGAAAGGAGCUCCUGGCGAGAAAGGUCCCCAAGGCCCAGCUGGCCGAGAUGGCCUCCAGGGUCCUGUGGGGCUGCCCGGUCCGGCUGGCCCUGUGGGCCCCCCUGGAGAAGACGGAGAUAAGGGAGAGAUCGGGGAGCCUGGACAGAAGGGGAGCAAGGGGGACAAGGGCGAGCAGGGUCCGCCCGGGCCCACCGGUCCACAGGGCCCCAUCGGACAGCCAGGCCCCUCUGGAGCCGACGGUGAGCCAGGACCUCGCGGCCAGCAAGGUCUCUUCGGGCAGAAAGGUGACGAAGGUCCAAGAGGUUUUCCUGGGCCCCCAGGGCCGGUUGGGCUGCAGGGUCUGCCGGGACCUCCUGGAGAGAAGGGCGAGACCGGGGACGUGGGUCAGAUGGGUCCCCCAGGUCCCCCUGGCCCCCGAGGACCCUCCGGAGCUCCAGGCGCUGACGGGCCGCAAGGGCCUCCGGGUGGAAUAGGCAAUCCUGGUGCCGUGGGAGAGAAGGGUGAGCCUGGUGAAGCUGGAGAGCCUGGCCUGCCCGGAGAGGGGGGCCCCCCGGGACCCAAAGGAGAAAGGGGUGAGAAGGGCGAGUCAGGCCCUUCUGGUGCAGCUGGACCCCCUGGACCCAAAGGCCCCCCUGGGGACGACGGCCCCAAAGGCAGCCCCGGCCCUGUCGGUUUUCCCGGAGAUCCCGGUCCCCCCGGAGAGCCUGGCCCCGCGGGUCAAGAUGGCCCCCCUGGUGACAAAGGGGACGAUGGUGAAGCUGGACAAACGGGAUCCCCAGGCCCUACUGGUGAACCGGGACCGUCUGGGCCUCCAGGAAAAAGGGGUCCCCCAGGCCCCGCAGGCCCCGAAGGCAGACAGGGAGAGAAGGGAGCCAAGGGGGAAGCCGGCUUGGAAGGCCCUCCUGGGAAGACUGGCCCCAUUGGCCCCCAGGGGGCCCCCGGGAAGCCCGGGCCUGAUGGCCUGCGAGGGAUCCCGGGCCCUGUGGGUGAGCAAGGUCUCCCGGGUUCCCCUGGCCCCGACGGACCCCCUGGCCCCAUGGGUCCCCCAGGACUCCCCGGCCUCAAAGGAGAUUCUGGCCCCAAAGGGGAAAAGGGUCAUCCAGGCUUGAUCGGACUCAUCGGACCUCCGGGUGAACAGGGUGAAAAGGGUGACCGCGGUCUUCCUGGCCCCCAGGGCUCCUCUGGCCCUAAGGGAGAACAGGGCAUCACAGGACCGUCUGGCCCGAUCGGCCCCCCGGGCCCUCCCGGCUUGCCGGGUCCUCCUGGGCCAAAAGGUGCUAAGGGCUCCUCGGGUCCCACUGGCCCAAAGGGUGAGGCAGGCCACCCAGGACCCCCCGGCCCGCCGGGUCCCCCCGGCGAGGUCAUCCAGCCCCUGCCGAUUCAGGCGUCCAGGACCCGGCGGAACAUCGAUGCCAGCCAGCUGCUGGAUGACGGGGCCGGCGAGAACUACGCGGACUAUGCGGACGGCAUGGAGGAGAUCUUCGGCUCACUCAACUCCUUGAAGCUGGAGAUAGAGCAGAUGAAGCGGCCCCUGGGCACGCAGCAGAACCCCGCCCGCACGUGCAAGGACUUGCAGCUCUGCCACCCCGACUUCCCCGACGGUGAAUACUGGGUGGACCCCAACCAGGGGUGCUCCAGAGACUCCUUCAAAGUCUAUUGCAACUUCACAGCCGGAGGGGCGACCUGCGUCUUCCCCGACAAGAAGUCCGAGGGGGCCAGGAUCACUUCUUGGCCCAAAGAAAACCCGGGUUCCUGGUUCAGUGAAUUCAAGCGUGGUAAACUGCUCUCCUACGUGGAUGCCGAGGGCAACCCCGUGGGCGUGGUCCAGAUGACCUUCCUGCGGCUGCUGAGCGCCUCCGCCAACCAGAACAUCACCUACAACUGCUACCAGUCGGUGGCCUGGCAGGACGCCGCCACGGGCAGCUACGACAAGGCCAUGCGCUUCCUGGGCUCCAACGACGAGGAGAUGUCCUAUGACAACAGCCCCUACAUCCGCGCCCUGGUGGACGGCUGUGCUACGAAGAAAGGGUAUCAGAAGACCGUUCUGGAGAUCGACACGCCCAAGGUGGAGCAGGUGCCCAUCGUGGAUAUCAUGUUCAAUGACUUUGGGGAAGCGUCACAGAAAUUCGGAUUUGAAGUGGGGCCGGCUUGCUUCCUGGGCUAGGAGCCGCGAGCCUGGCCCCCAAGAGCAACCUCGUGACCUCAGCGCGCCGUCUGCGGGCGUCCUGGACAGUGAAGGCCCCUCGUCCCUCCCCCGACCUCGUCUGCGCCCGGCUCCACACCGAGCCAGACCCCAAACCCACAGAGAGCGAUGGGAAAGAGCCGAGUCCCCCACCCCGGAGCCGAAUCACAUGACCUAGACGGCCCACAGCCACCGGGCCCCACCGCUUUGUCAGCCCCGCUCCGUCCCCACCACGCGCCGCAGGGACCGGGACGGGGCCUCCCUUCCUGCCGCAGAGCCGGCCGAUGCGUCGCCUGCGUGGAGAGGCCGCCGGGCCCGGGCGUGGGGCUGCAGUAUUUGGAGAUCGCUUUUUUUUUUUUUUUUAAUUCAACUUGAAGAUGUGUAUUUCCCCUGACCUUCAAAAAAUGUUCAGAGGCAAGCCUCGUAAAGGUCAUCCCCACCCUGCCAGAGCCUCUGUGUUCAACUCCACGAUCCAUUCAUGGGCCAAAUGUCAUUCCGCAUGUGCCUUUCCGAUGGAUUAAAGGUGCUUUCGUCUUUGUGAGUUUUAAGUAAAUAUUUGUAUUGUAUUGUCAUAAAUGUUCAGUGUCCCCGACUUUCAAUCACGCAUGUCAGCCGGCUUUGGUCCCGCCGGGAGGGUGGGGAGAAGGGGGGCGUCCAGUUCUGGUGAGGAAGGGGCAGCCCCCGUCCCCGCCUGGCCAGGAACGUGCAAUAAGGUGGAGGUUUGCCCAGGGCGGCAGGAGGGCGCACUGCCGUUCGAACAGCUGUGCCCAGGCCCCUUUGCAGACAAUUUUUUGAUGAGCUCUGGAUUUUUUUUUUUUAAAUGGAGAGGAAAACAGAAGAAGAAGAACUUGAUGCUUUGCCUUCCUACGUGCACUUCGAUUAAAUCACGGACAUAAAUUAAUUUUAAUUGCUUCCUUUCCCCGUUUUUCUUCCCACAGAGCCUGAUGGGAGAGUGUCCAGGGCAGGGAAACCACACUUUCUGUAGAUGAUAAUUAAAUGAGAAUUGGUGCUCACUUUCACACUUCUCCUUUGUGGUGCUAUCUGUUUUAAGAUCUUGGAAGGGGACCCUGGGGUCACCUGGCCGUGCCUGCCUUUCUCGGUCCUGGUCUCUGCCUCCACGGGGCGCAGGCCUCUGCCAAGGACGGAGAGGGAGACGCUCGCCACCUUCCUUCCUGCCGGGCCCACGUGCUUUUGCGCUCGCAGACCGCGGCGAGGCCCGUUGCCAGUAUCAGGUCGUGCUUCUGUGAUUUGAGAACACAUGCACACACACAGUGAAAGAUGUCGCCCGCGCUGUCCGUGGUGUGCCGACAAGCAGGUCGUCUUCAGUUUGCCGAAUGUUUGGUGCUACUUUCUGUGUUUGUGGUCAGAUGGAGCUGAAGCUGUGCGUGGAGACGGGGAGAUGUGCAAUGAACUCGGGGGGUCUCUCUGGGGUUGCCGGCGGGGACUGCUUCCCCACACGAGCAAUUUGGAGUUCCACCUGCAAGCGUCCUGGGCGCCAGCCUCAGUCGCUCUGGAGCUCGGGGCUGGCGGGGCUGCUCUGCGAGCGAGGGCCGGGGGCUGCCUCUGUGGGCAGAGGCCCCGAUGGACCGGCCAGGAAGGGCCACCCCCUCACUGUGAAAAGCUGCCCUCGUGCAACGCCCUUUCCUUCCGUGAUGGGGGGAGCGGCGGGGCUCCCGGGCCCUGCUCAGCCCCCUCGGGACCCGCUGUGACCGAUGGUAAUGGUGCUGUCCUCCGCCCGCCCGCCCUGCCCGCCAGGACGCGCUUCCUGCUGGGGAGACCACAGCAGAGCCCCCCUGGGCGUCACGAAACCACCCGCUAGGAUUUCCCGUGUCCCCGUGGACAUGGAGUCUUGCUGUCGCCAAAGAGAAGUCUGGCUUCGAGGUUCUCUGGAGCCCAGGAGGCCGGCACGCACCAAUGACUCUCACAUCUGUCUCUUCCAAAGCAAAGCCAUAUCGGAGGACUGCCGCGGGGUGCCCUGUGGGUGUUGUCUAGGUCAUGUGAUUCCAUUUUGAUUCCUCGUCCCUCCCGAGUUCCCUCUUACGCUGUCCUCCUCAUUCUUGUGGCCCCUUCAAAGCUGUUGUCAUUCGUAUGGAAGUCAAACGUGUCCCGUUCUCCCCAGACCACUUUGCUAUGGUAUUAUUGCAAUAAAAGUACUUCCUAUAUUUGCA